UCCCACGGCUAUGUCCCUGGAACAGACGGCCACAAAAGCACGGGUAGACAGAGCCUGGUUCCCUAGUCUUCUACACAUCACAGAAGAUCUCUAGGGUAAUUAUCAAAAUGAUGCCAUCUCAGACACUUCCUAGCUGUGUGACCCUGGGCAACCUACCUUGAACUUCACAAUGGACUCCCUCGUGACAGCCAAUACCAAGUUUUGCUUGGACCUUUUCAAAGAGCUAAGCAAAGAUGAUGGAGCAAACAUCUUCAUUUGUCCUCUGAGCAUUUCAGCUGCCUUUGGCAUGAUUAGUCUAGGGGCUAAAAGCUCUACUGCAGGUCAGAUCAAUCAAGUGCUACACUUUAAUGAAAUUUCACAAAGUAAAAGCACAGGGUGUGAAGUUUCUUCAAAAGGAACAAGUCAAGAAGUCCAAGGGGAUCAUCACAAUCUAGUGGAUCAGAAAGAGAAGACAGAACCUCCAAAUUCACAGAUUACAAGAUCAUUGAGUGAUGGGAAUAGAGAUUUCAACUUCUACUUUGGGAAGCUUCUCCAGAAGGUGGCCAGGAUAAAAUCUGAUUGUACCCUGAGUAUGGCCAAUAGAUUGUAUGGAGAUCAGGAAUUUCCCAUUUAUGCUGAAUAUUCAGAUAAUGUGAUGGAAUUUUACCAUACGACCAUUGAAAGCUUGGAUUUCCAAAAAGACACAGAAAAAUCCAGACAACAAAUUAAUUUCUGGGUUGAAUGUCAAUCCCAAGGUAAAAUCAAGGAACUCUUUGGCAGAGACAGCAUUACUGAUUCUACAGUGCUGGUGCUGGUGAAUGCUGUCUACUUCAAGGCCAAAUGGGAAAAAAGUUUUGAUCAUGAAAAGACAGAAGAUUCAGCUUUCUGGCUAAACAAGAAUGAGCAGAAAAAUGUGAAGAUGAUGAGACAGCAGAAUACUUUUAGAAUUGGUUACAUAGAAGAAUUAAAUACACAGAUUCUUGAGAUGAACUAUACUAAAGGAAAACUCAGCAUGUUUGUGUUGCUGCCCCCUUUCCCUGAUGAGGACUCCACUGGACUGGAAGAGCUUGAAAGAAAUAUGACUCAUGAAAAAAUAACAGAAUGGACCAGUCCCACUAUUAUGUGUGAAGAAAAGGUGGAUGUCUCCUUCCCCCAAUUCACCAUGGAAAGCAACUUGGAUCUGAAUUUUAUUCUCCAAAAAAUGGGGAUUGUAGAUAUCUUUGAUGAAGCCAAGGCUGAUCUUAGUGGAAUAUCUUCAAGCCCUAACCUGUACUUGUCAAAAGCUAUCCACAAGACGUUUGUGGAAGUUAGUGAGGAUGGUACCGAAGCAGCAGCUGCCACUGGAGCUGUGGUUUCAACAAAGUCUGCAUCACCUUAUGUGCCAUUUUAUACCAAUCACCCAUUUCUGUUUUUCAUCAAAGACAACAAAACAAACACCAUCCUUUUCUAUGGCAAAGUCUGCUCUCCUUGAGAAUGGAUCUAUUUCCCUCCAUUUUUUGGAGCAGCAAGAAAAUGGUACCAUAGCCUCUUUGUUAUAACAUGGCCUGCAUUAGAGCUUAUUAGUCACCCAUCCCCACUAGCCCCAACUCCCAGCUAUCACCCAGUGCCACUUCCUGUUCCUCUCCUGGGGGCUUACUCAACACAUCAAUUAGCUGAUACUAUUUUUCUCUUUCCUGACAAUUCCUCUGCCAGCUCCCAGGUCCACUUGUCUUCACUGACUCCUAGAUUUCCACAUCAAUAAAGUUCAGAAAAAUGUUUAUUUAUUUGUUUUUCUCUGUUGCUAAUGAAUCAUGAGAACCCUAGAUUACUCAGAAAAGAGACUGGUUCCAUUAGUGAACAACCUAAGAAAAAAAAAUUGAAGCCUGGGUGUUUUCUGUAAGUCAUAUCUGCCUCUGCAGUGGAGACAAGAGUCCUGGGGGAAAGGCAUCAGGGCAUAUCAGCAGGAAAAAUGCACUGUCUUUCUUCCAUCCUCUUCUGUGGCAAGGAAGAUUGCUCUCUAUCAUCAACUAAUUUAUCCACAAGUAUUUAUUUUGUGGCAGGCACUGUGCUAAUUCCAUUCAAUAAACAUUUAAGUAACUACCAUAGGAACUUAAAUAAGGCUCAAGUCCACACAAACCUUAAAGUAGGAAAAUAAAUCAAAUGUACCUAGGUUAAUAUUUACCAUAGGCUGAAAAUCAUUUGUGAUUAUAAACCAGAUUAGGCUUAUCCUCUCCUUUGUGAACAGGUAUAUAUUAACUAUGCAUCCUUUGUAGGGAAAAGGAAGGUGAGAUUUCUUAGGAUUUGAGUUAUGGAAAUGUCAUGUUUUGUCUACUAUAAAUGCUGAGAAAUAAAACCCUCACAUCUGUAUCCUGAUGAAUCUUGGGGAAGGGGGAAGAGUUAACCUUUCUAUUCUGUCUUCCUUGCUAACGUAUCAUCUGUAUUGAUUUAAAAUGUUCAUCUUAAGUAAACAAAGAUACUGACUGCUAACUAAAAUGUCCAAAUCAAGUUGCUAAAUAAUUAAAGCCUUUUUUUACUAAACAAAACAAUAAAGAUAUGAACUACAA